CCCUCCCUCCCUGCCUCCUCUCCUUUUUCUCACCAGUGUCUGCUGGCACCACCUGGAAAAAGCAGCUCAGACCCUGUCUUGCCCUCUGCCAUGCACCCAGGUGGUCUCCUCCCAGCAGGUGCAAUGGUGAGGUCACUCUGGUCUUCUGUGCACCUCACAGGAUUAGGAGCCAUGCUGGGUCCCCUUGCCUUUCUGGGCGCCUUUCUGUUUCUGGGCGGCCUGGCGGAAACCAGACUGGAGCAGCCGGCCUUGAUCAUGAAGCGAACCGGCAGCUCAGCCAUCCUGUCGUGCAGGGCGAGAACCAAGGUCAGCUACAUCCACUGGUACCGCCACCAGGAGGGCAAGGCUGUUCAGAGGCUCCUCAUAGUGGCACUGUACAGAUCAUAUGUACAAACGGAUUCAAUCCUGAAAGGGGACAAGGUCACGGCCAAGAGGGGCACGGAUGGCAGCAGCUGUAACCUGUUGCUGCAGAAGCUGGAGAAGAGUGACGAGGGCGUGUAUUACUGUGCUGCCUGGGAAGGUUCAUGGUGGAAUGGGUAUGGCUGGAAGAACCACAAAGUGUUCGGUCCUGGCACACUGCUCAGGGUUACAGAUAAAAGUCCUGAUGAGCACACUUCCCCCAAGCCCACGAUUUUUCUUCCUUCACCUGCUGAAAGAAAACUUCAUAAGGCUGGAACAUAUCUUUGUCUUCUUGAGGAUUUUUUCCCUGAUGUUAUCAAGAUAGAUUGGAAAGAGAAAAAUGGCAGAGCAAUUCUGAAAUCCCAGCAGGGAAACACCAUGAAGACGAAGGACACAUACAUGAAAUACACCUGGCUGACCGUGAGUGAAGAGUCAAUGGGUAAAGAACACAAAUGUGUCAUCAGACAUGAGAAGAAUAAAGGAGGUGUUGAUCAAGAGAUUCUGUUUCCUUCAAUAAACACAGAUUUGGUGGCAGCGACAGGAUCUGAAGUGGACAUCCACGGGCAUUUAGAGACAACGCGAAACACAAGGGUGGUAACUGUGAACCCUUGGAGUUCACUAUAUUCCUCACCGUUUUCAAGGGCUAUAGAUCUCACUGUUAUUAACUCUGCAAAAGCUUCUCUGAAAGAUGAAAAUGACCCCCUGCAGCUGCAGCUCGUGAACACCUCUGCCUACUGCACCUACCUCCUCCUCCUUGUCAAGAGCCUGGUCUACACCGUCAUCACCGCCAUCUGUCUGCUUGGGAGAGCGGCACUCUGUGACAAUGGGAAGAGUUCCUGACCCGUGGUGGCACAGGGUCCAUGUUUCUCCAUUGACUGUUGUCACUGAAAGUGUCUGCUAUGGGUCUAGCGGGGCUUUCUUUCUGGGUGGUUCAUUUCAGUUCACACGUUGUCUUUUUCUAUGUGUCAUCAUUGCAGAAUGGGUUUGCAAACUCCUGGGCAAACAGGAAAUGUCACUCUGCACCAAGAACAGACUCUGCCAUGAGUCAGGGGUGGGGCCAGGGGGCACCCACAGGGGCUUCAGCACCGCUCUCUCCUUCACGUCCACCAGCUCGUCAGCCACCCAGCACCCUCGCCUCUGAGUACAGCCGGCGUGCAGCUUCCAUAGCGGCCCCUGGGGCUCUUUAUACAAAUAACUGCCUGGAGGCCUUUUAUUUUACAUACAUGGAAGCC